UCCCCUUUCCCGGCCGGCCGCCGGCCGCGGGCCGUCCCCCUCCGCUCGUUCUCCACGCAGUUUGGAAUCCCGAACCGCCGCUCGCCGUCGCUAUCGCUCGAUUGAAAACCCCACGCGACCACGGGCACUACUCGCUGUCUGGUCUCAGUGUCCCCCCAUUUAUACCCGUCCUCCGUCCGUUGCUGCCGUCUCGUGUCUCGCCCCUUCUGCGCGCAUCUAGCCUCCUCAGCCGCCAACCGCAACCACCGCAGCCCGGGAGAGAGAGCAGAGCACGGGGACGGAUGGCGAGCUCCCAGUGCUGCGAGAACCCGCCGACGCUGAACCCGGCCGGUGGGGCGGGCAAGGUCGUGGACAGCUUCGGCGGGCUCAAGGCCUACGUCGCCGGCCCCGAGGACUCCAAGGCCGCCGUCGUUCUCGUCGCCGACGUCUUCGGGUUCGAAGCGCCGAAUCUGAGGAAGAUAGCCGACAAGGUUGCUCGGUCAGGAUACUUUGUUGUGGUACCGGAUUUCUUUCAUGGAGAUCCUUACGUACCUGAGAAUGCUGAGAGGCCCAUUCCUGAGUGGCUAAAGUUGCAUACUCCGGAAAAAGGGUUUGAAGAUGCAAAACCAGUUAUUGCUGCUCUGAAGGAGAAGGGAGUGUCUGCUGUUGGAGCUGCAGGUUAUUGCUGGGGUGCGAAGGUUGUUGUGGAGUUGGCAAAAGCUAAGGAGAUCCAGGCUGCUGUACUGUUGCACCCUUCGUUUGUCUCCGUUGACGAUAUCAAAGAGGUCAAAUGCCCGAUUUCUGUACUGGGAGCUGAGAUUGACAAAAUGUCCCCUCCAGAAUUAGUCAAGCAAUUCGAGCAAGUCCUUUCUGCCAAUUCAGGGGUUGGUCACUUCGUCAAGAUUUUCCCUGGUGUGUCUCAUGGAUGGAGCGUGAGGUACAGCGAGGAUGAUGCGGCUGCCGUGAAGAGUGCUGAGGAAGCCCUGGCGGACAUGAUCGACUGGUUCAACAAGCGCCUGAAAUGAACUCUGCAGUUGCAUCCUGCCUUGUAAUAAAGCACAUCCUAGUUGGAGUAUUGUGGGAUUAUCAGCUGUCUUAGGGCCUGCUUCGUCAGGUCAUUGUAGUUCUCACGGUCUAUGUGCUUGUACACUUUCGCCGUAGACUGGUUGUGCUCAAUCCGUAAUAAAAGGAGGUAAAUUACGACGACAA